GGCACGGCAGGAAGGCACGUGUUUGAUUGCAUUGCAUUUGGCGUUGGCGUUUGCUUUUACAUUUGUUCCGACAGGCUGGAAAGCACCAGUCUACACAGGUUGCUAUGGGGUUAGCUAUGGAUAGAAGUCUCAGUGGCGAAGGAUAGAGCAAAUCUUGAAGAAAUCAUCGUCCACAUUCAACUCGAUCUUGCAACAACCAUCUUAGUGAUUUCACGUGAUGACUUCACUGUUCAACGCCUGUACUCUUCAUUUCUCUUCUGCUUGCGCCACCGAACGACUUACCGGGAAUCUGCCUAGGGAUCAAAAAGACUCUGAAUUUCGUACCACAUUCUCCUUUCGGCAGGCGACGCGAACCACGGUAUUUCGAAAGUCUCCCCCUUUGCUCUCCCCACAUACGGCCCCCAAAUCUAUCCUGUCCCAAGGCGUGUCAGUGAUCACCUGCAUCCGCGGACCGAACCUAUGUUUCCAAACUGCCGGUCGAUACUCAAGCACGCCCCAGGACGGGAAUGCCGUCAGCGGUGCACCGCAUCAGCUUACCACCUUCCUGACCCGUCCACCGCGACAUCCCAGAAACACAACAUCGUACAACAUCAGGAGCAGCAGAAGCAACAGACAAAGAAAGGACCCACCGUUUCGGGUUUGGGUUGCAGGAGCGGCGGUUGGCUGUCUGGUAACUCAACUGCGAGCCUGGCUGGGUAAGGCUUCUUUCCCAUCUUCGCUGACCCGGUCGUCUCCACGUUACCCUGCUGAGCCUUCAUGCACGACGAGACCCGACCGUCUGGGAAGGAUUGGACAUUUACAGUGACUGACUGUACCGUACGCCCGUAAUGGAAACUUUGAUAGAAACAAGAGGGUUGGGUUGGGAUGGGAUGGGAUGGCGGUGCGAUGCGAUGGGAGGGACCUGUGUCCGAGAGCGAUGAAAGAGAGGUAACCGCGCCGCGAUGGCGCUUGGGUGCGGGUGCGGGCGAGCUUCGGAUCCAGGCCAGGAGCCAGGGGUGCUUUGUAUUACGAGUAGCGAAAGAGCGAGAAGCGAGUAGGGGCAAAAUUUAGGCGCGGAUGCAACUCUACCAACGACGUCUUCUCUGAAUACUCUCCGACUGGAACCUGUCAAACAAGCAAACAAGCAAGCAAGCAAGCACAAAAGUGCAGCGCUGCAAUGGA